UGUAUAUAUAUAUCGUUUCUUCACACAUAUAAACACAAUCGUAAACCAAACGUUAUAGGAGUAGUAUAGAGAGAGAGAGAGAGAGAGAGGGGUCGAAAUGCUAAGAUCACUAACAAGAUCACACCCUAAAACGCAGAUUGCUGAUGUCGUUUCGGCUUCGAUUACAACGAGGUUUUCCUCCGCCGCCGCCGCUGCUGCUUCUGCUUCUGCGCAUGGACGCCGUCUCGAAGGCAAGGUAGCCCUCGUAACUGGUGGUGCUAGAGGCCUCGGGAAGGCCACCGCACGUGCAUUCAUCCAACAAGGAGCUCGUGUCGUGAUUGCUGAUGUCAAUACCCAAUUGGGCCCACAGGCGUCCCUAGAGUUGGGCCCACAUGCCCAAUUCUUACAAUGUGAUGUCUCGGUGGAGGCCCAGGUCUCGGAUGCAGUCGACCUUGCCGUGGCCAGCCAUGGCAAGCUCGACAUCAUGUGCAACAUAGCCGGGAUUGCGGGGUCGCCCUUCCCGCCAAGUAUCGUCGAUCUCGACCUGGACGAGUUUGACCGGGUCAUGGCGGUCAAUGUGCGAGGCACCAUGGCCGGGAUCAAGCACGCGGCCAGGGUGAUGAUCCCCGUGGGGUCGGGCUCGAUCCUAUGCACCGCAAGUAUAAGCGGGCUGAUGGGUGGGCUGGGCCCGCAUCCGUACACCGUGUCAAAGUUUGCUAUACCAGGGAUAGUGAAGUCCCUGGCAAGUGAACUGUGUGGACACGGGGUUCGGAUAAACUGUAUUUCACCGUCUCCGAUUCCGACACCAUUGGUUAUCGAACAAUUUAAUAAAAUAAUGCCGAAUGCGAGGAGGGAGGAGAUAGUAGGGUUGAUCAAUGGGUUAGGGGAACUAAAGGGUGCGAUUUGUGAAGAGGAGGAUGUGGCUAAGGCCGCAUUGUAUUUGGCUUCGGAUGAGGCCAAAUUUGUGUCGGGCCAUAACCUUGUUGUGGAUGGAGGAUUCACUAGCUUCAAGAAUCUUAAUUUUCCUAAAUUAAGUUGAUUCAUGUUUCCUACUUAAAAAGUUGUUUUUUUUUUCACAUUGUCGUAGAGACAAAGUAUAUUUUGAUGUUUGUUUGAAUGUUUUAAUAUAUUAUUUUAUAGGGAUGUGAUUCGUUGCUAAUU